UUUCCCAUCCCACAAUCACUUGUCUCAUACAAGUGCAAUACAACGUCCUUAAGAAAAGAACGCAAUCCAUAAAAUUACAAGAAAAAUCCAUAGAAUUAGAAGCUGCGUGGGACGUCCUUAAUAUCAUGGGUCUUUUGAGGAUUUGGGUCACCCUUCUUAAGACUCCUUGUGCAAAUUUUUGGGGGAGGGAAUGGAAUCUGCUUGACAUUGCCACAGCUGGUAUCUUUCUGAGUGUGCAUGUCCUUUGCUUGUUUGCACCGUUUUACUUCACAUGGACGGCAUUUUGGUUGGCAAUUGUGCUAUUCUUCGUCACUGGUUUCGGAGUAACUCUUUCUUACCAUAGAAACCUUGCUCAUAGGAGCUUUAGGCUCCCAAAACUGCUCGAGUACUUGUUUGCCUAUUGUGGGGUUCUCUCAGUUCAGGGUAGCCCGACUGAGUGGGUGAGCACACACCGGUACCAUCACCAAUUUACCGAUACGGAGAAAGACGCUCACAGCCCACUUAAAGGAUUUUGGUUUAGUCACAUGGGUUGGAUUCUCGACAGCCGUUCUCGGUUUGGAAGAUACGGAGGUCUUCGGAAUGUUGAAGACAUAAAUAAGCAGCCAUUCUAUGUGUUUCUUCAUCAUACAGUCCUUGUACAUCCAUUUCUCCUGGGAUGUAUACUAUAUUACAUCGGUGGAUUUCCGUUCGUGGUUUGGCCAAUGGGCGUGAGGAUGGUCAAUUACCAUAGCACUUUCUUGUUGGAAGUUUGAGUAGAAAUUUCCUUGUCCCACAUUGGCCAUUCCCAAAAGAGUUUAUCACUUUAUAAGGCUUUGUCCUUUAAAGAAAGUAAUUGGAGUAAUAGGCCUGGAGACUAAAAUUGGGCUCACCCUUGGGGUUGGGCUUUGGGGUGUAUUAAUUAUUUGACUCAUCUUUUCAGAUGAAGUCUGAAGUGUGAAAACGCAGAAACAAAAACACCCAUUUCAGCAGAUGUCUCCCAACAGUUGCAUCCCUUCUUUAUACCUGUUGCGAACAGGUACAAUCACAUUAUAUAUACAUCCAUCUGCAUGGCAUUUACAAUAUAGAAAAAUCAUAAAUCUCCUCCUGCAAUCUUAAACAUCCUUACUGAGAGAACCACAUUAAUAUUCGCCAGAAGUCUAUUUUCCGGUGCUGGAAUUUCUGACUUAGAUCGUUGAAUCCUGGUGGAACAGACGUCCGUUGAACUACAAGCACAGAGUAGGGACGAAAUUUCUGUUUCAAGGACAUUGCGGCAUGGAACACCGGCGAUCUCUCAAAAAACCUUUGGUGGGUGGGGCUGGUUGCACUUGGUGAAGGAUGGCACAAUAACCACCAUGCUUUUGAAUACUCAGCUCGACAUGGCCUCGAAUGGUGGCAGAUUGACGUGACUUGGUACAUCAUAAAAUUUCUUGAGGCUCUAGGGUUGGCAACAGAUGUGAAAUUACCGUCGGCGGCUCAUAAGCGACGUUUGAAGGCUAAAUCCAUGGCCGCUCAAGAUUAGGCGGCUUGGCAUGCCAUGCCAUGAUAUAUCAUGGAGACCUUUGCUUGCGGGCUAGCUUAAACUUGUAUUUGCUUAUUUAGUUUACGAUAAGAUGUUAUUCUUCAUGCAUGGUCAUGGUAUGGACCUAGCUUCUUGUUGAAAAUGGUUUGUAUUCUUGUACUAAAUUAAUGCUCUACUUCAGAAGAUCCUCGGAUCUGUACUAAAGUGGUUUGAAUUAUAAGCAAGUUCGAAAUAAGAGGAAUUAUAGUUCAUGUCCA